AUGCUCACCCAAAAGCAAUUCGCAGACUUAUUGGCCUCACGAGGAAGCAUAGUCAUCGAUGGCGCGCUCGCUACAGAGCUUGAAGAGCGCGGCCAUGAUCUCACCCAUCCACUGUGGUCCAUGAAAGUCAUGCAAAACAACGCCGGCCUGCAAAGCAUCAAGGACAUCCACCUAGACUACUAUCGCGCGGGGGCCGACAUUGCCAUUACAGCAUCAUAUCAGGCCUCCACUCAAGGUCUCCAGGAGCACUUCGGCCUAGAUGAGAGCCACGCGCAGAAGGCAGUCAUGCAAACCGUGGAAUUGGCCCAGCAAGCACGAGAGCUUGCGUAUCAAGAAGCUGCCGUGCCUCGCACUCGCCAAUUGCUCGUAGCCGGCAGUGUAGGACCAUAUGGUGCUUACUUGUCAGACGGCUCAGAGUAUAGAGGUGACUAUGUGAGAUCUAUCAAUCAUCUCAAGGACUUCCACCGACCAAGGAUCCAGGCAUUGUGCAAUGCAGGUGUGGAUCUGCUUGCUCUGGAGACCAUGCCAAAUGCGGUCGAGAUCGAGGCUCUGACGGACCUGCUCAAGUCAGACUUCCCUCAGGCUAUAGCAUGGCUCAGUUGCACCACGAGAGAUGCAGACCACCUCAGCGAUGGAACGUCGUGGGAAGACCUGCUCACGCUUGUGCAUCAGCACGACCAGAUCGUUGCCUUUGGAAUCAACUGCGUCCCAAUGUCGAGCUCUACAGACACAUUACAGAGCAUCGGCGAACAAACGAGGUUGCCUCUUGUGUGUUACCCCAACUCGGGCGAAGAAUGGGAUGCUUCGACCAAAACAUGGCAUGGAUUGCGACCUGACGAUGUACUCGCAACACGUGAACCCAACUCUGCUGCAAAGUCAUCACUUGCGGACAGUGUCAGCGGCUGGACUGAUCAUGGGGCGCGUCUUGUCGGUGGCUGCUGUCGAACAGGACCAGCUUACAUCAAAGCCCUUUGCGAAGAUCUCCAAGGCAUGGCUACUGGUAUUCAACGAAACCUCAAGGCUAAUAAUGAGCAGUAUGCUUCUCAAUUCGACAAAGGUCAUCUUGCUCCGCCACCGGCGAAGGAAUAUCUCGUUGUGACGUGUAUGGACUCGAGAGUCGACACAGCGGCAGCCUACGGUAUCGACCUAGGCGAUGCGCAUGUCGUCCAAAACGCCGGCGGCAAUGCCAAAGAUGCGCUUCGCUCAAUCCUGAUCUCGCAGCACUUGCUGGGAACCCGCGAGAUCAUCUUGGUCAAGCAUACUGGCUGUGGUAUGCUGACUUUCAGCAACACCAAUGCGUUGAGCGUUGUUGCGAACAAUGUUGGGACGGGGAGCCUUGCUUCGACCUUUGACUUUCAACCUUUCUCAGAUCUUGAGAAAGCAGUAAAGGAUGAUGUGGAAUGGCUGAAGGGACACAGCGCCCUUGUGGGAAAGACAGUCAGUGGAUGGGUCUACGAGGUUGGGACUGGCAAGACGAAGCAGAUUGUUUGA